GUCAGGCAUACAAAGACGGACGGUUACUAUUUAGAGAUGCGGGGUCGGAGCUGCAGUUGGCAUCGCAGCGAAUCCAUCCUGCCUCGUCGGCAGUCCUGCAUUGAACUUUAACGCAGCACCACCUAGGCGGAUGCUUGUCGUCGGUACAUCAAUGGUUUGAUCCGAAGCCCGACAAACACCAACAAAAAAUCGUGUUUGACGAUUACGAUGGACCCCCAAGAGGUCACGGGACUGGCCAAAAAAGUCUGGGCCAGAUACAAGCUGGCCGAGCCGACCAAGCGAAUCCUCAUCGGCAUCGCGGGCAUUCCCGGCGCCGGCAAGACCACCUUGGCGCGCCGCGUGGUCGAUGAGCUGAAAGCAAUCCAGCUCGCCGAGGAUGGGACGGCAGACGGCGAAUUCGUAACCGACAUCCCCAUGGACGGUUACCAUCUCACGCGCGCACAGCUGGCCGCAAUGCCGGACCCCGAGAUGGCAAUCCACCGCCGCGGCGCCGCCUUCACCUUUGACGGCGAGGGCUUCCUUGCGUUGCUGCAGAAGCUAUCUCUCCCGGUCGAGGAGGAUUCUGGGGCGCAGGGCACGGUGACGAUCUAUGCGCCCAGCUUUGACCACGCCGUCAAGGAUCCUGUCGCCGACAGCAUUCCCAUCUCCCCCAAGAUGCGCAUCGUCAUCAUCGAGGGCAACUACCUGGCGCUUGACAGAGAGCCGUGGAAGUCUGCCGCCUCGCUGCUUGACGAGAUAUGGUUUGCCAAUGUCGAUCGGGAGGUUGCGAGGGAGAGGCUGGCCAAGAGGCACGUCGAGGCUGGGAUUGUACCCGACGAGGAGGCCGCCAGGGAGAGGAUCAGGACCACUGACUUCCUCAACGCGGAUGACAUUGAACAAAAUUUGCUGCCGGUGAGCGAAAGGGUCAGGUGCGGCUGAAUGAGAGUGGAUGCUUCUGUCGCUCCAACCGUAUCGGAAAUCUAUUAGAGACAUUGUUUCUACAUGAUGAAAUUUACAAAUAAUAAAUACCAGCAAAUGGAAUCCCCAUCUUCUCACUC